CUGGCCGAGUGCUCCGCCAAACGUAUGCGUAAUAUUUAAGGUGCAUCCGUCGCUGGGAAAACGCGUCCGAAUCGCUGGGAUAUUGCGAGCAAUACGAGUGUCCUAGUCGGUGGUUGAUAGAGUUCCGUGUUUGAAGUCGUUAGAAAAACGCGUUCGAACCGUCGUUUUUCAACCUACAAAACUAGUUUGUGAGUGAUCGAGAGAGUUGAUAGUGCAAAUACUCCUUCAACAUGUCGAUGGAUCCAUCGGUUUCCCUCGAGGAUCUGGAGCGACGUCGUCGUCGCACCAGUUCCGCCCGCAAGCCAUCACAUACUCCUCAGCCUCCAUCUCACCUGGCGGACUCGGAGGCCAUGGCCGUGAUCAAUGAGAUAUUCAAUCCCACGCUGAAGCUGCCGGAGUCCAGUGGCCACUACACGCUGCCCGAGGAGAUGAGGGCCGAUGAUAAUGUGGCGCCCCAUGAACUGGACAUUGCCAAGCUGGCGGAGCUGAAGGAAGUCUUCUCGCUCUUCGAUACGGACUGCGAUGGACUGAUCUCGAAGGACGAUCUACGAUUCACCUAUACGGCCCUGGGAAACGACCCGAACGAACAGCUACUGGAACAGAUGAUGCAGGAGGCCAAGGAGCCGCUCGACUACGAAGCCUUCGUCCGGCUGAUGAGUCGUCGCACCCAGGAACUGGAUCCCGAGGAUGUGCUGCUGGAGGCCUGGAGCAAAUGGGAUGACCAUGGCACGGGCAAAAUCGAUGAACGCAAAAUCUAUGAAGAGCUGACCAACUAUGGCGACAAAAUGACCCUCAACGAGGCCAAGGAGGCUCUAAGCCACGCCCCAAUGGCCAAGCCCAAGUCCUUGGAGGAGCCGCCCAUGAUUGAUUAUCCGGCCUUCUGUCGCAUGCUCAGUGGAAUGCGCAAGCGAAAAGGGGAAUAAUUUACUAUUGUUGGGGAAACUUAAAAACCUUUGCCUUAAAUUCAGAUCCAGUGAUCUAACGUCUUUUUCCAGCCCACCAACUAAUUACACGUCUUCUUCAUUUUUCUUAAGAUAUCAUUACCCUAUGUUGUUUAUUUUAUUUAUAGGAAAAUUCGGAAUGACUUUGUUGUGUUCCUUAUGGUUUUUAUAGCCACUACGUAUUUGCUUAAUUGGGAUAUAUUUUUGAAAAUUACUUAAAGUCCUGAAGCAGCUGGUCCGAUUUGACAAUCGUAUUAGCCUUAACGCCAACUUUUGUUCGACUUUUUAUCAAAAUAAAUCGUGAAGAACCAG